UCGGUUCGUUUUUUUUGACAGAAGUUAGUAUGCGUGUCGUGUCAACUCAUCUAAUAUCUUUUUCUUCUUGUUCGGUUCACGGUGGUAGUAUAUAAAGUGCGAUAGGUUCACUUAUUUUGUUGUCGGCUUUUUAAUAUUUCAUCGGCAAAUUGGUGGAGAACAAUUAAACAAAAAUGAGAAAUCCUCUUAUUGUUGCGAUAGUUACCAUUUCAUUGGUUGCAUUGAAUGCGGCCGGUGUGCAAAUCGAUUCAAAUAUUCAAAAUAAGAAUGUUGAGCGCACCAUCGAUUUGACCACGCAAUUGGUUAAGAUUUUCCACAAAAUCACACUUGAGAAUAAAGCGACCAAAGAAUGGUCUGGUGUUUCAUACUCAUUUGCUGUACCAAAGGAUAUCCGUGACAAUUUGGCGUACAUUUCCAUUCGUGAUGCACUCAAGAAGGAACUGAAAGCAACGGAAGAGAAAACUGCUGACGGUUCAUUGUUCACCGUAUCGGUGACCAGUUCAUCACCGACACCCGUUUUGCAUGUUGAAACUGUCUUCUCAAAAUCGUUGGAACCAUAUCCAACGCAUAUCACACAAAACGAACGACAAUUGGUGCGUUACUUUGACAGUGCCUACUCCUACAGCCCGUACAGAACUGUCACACAAAAGACCACCGUUCAACUUGCAUCAAAAUCGGUCGAGAGCUACACCACUGUGAAACCAUCCGCACAAGUCGAUGGCACCAUUACAUACGGACCAUACGAAAAUGUUGCACCAUACUCAACCGAACCAAUUACCGUUCACUACGAAAACAAUUCGCCAUUUUUGACCAUCACAAACUUGGAGCGCGUCAUUGAAGUGUCACACUGGGGCAAUAUUGCUGUUGAGGAAACCAUCGAUAUCGUUCAUUCCGGUGCCGUUUUGAAGGGUUCAUUCUCUCGUUACGAUUAUCAAAAGGAUGCCCGAAGCAAUCAACCAAGCGUCAAAUCAUACAAAACCAUUUUGCCAGCAUCAGCCACCGAAGUUUACUACAGAGAUACAAACGGUAACAUAUCCACAUCGGCAAUGCGCAUUUUGAAGGAUUCAGUUGAAUUGGACUUAAGACCACGCUUUCCAUUGUUUGGCGGAUGGAAAACUCACUACACCAUUGGCUACAAUGUGCCAAGCUUUGAGUACUUGUUUAGCAGCGGUGAUCAAUAUGUAUUGAAAAUGCGUGUCAUUGAUCAUGUCUACGAUGAUAUGGUCAUUGAAAAGGCAACCGUAAAAAUUAUUCUGCCCGAAGGAACGAGCAACAUCAAAUUGAUUCCACCGUAUCCGGUGACCCGUUUGCCUGACCAAGUGCACUACACCUACUUGGAUACCGUUGGACGGCCAGUGAUUGUGUUUACCAAACAAAAUCUCGUCGAAAAUCACAUUGUCGACUUCAAUCUGAAGUACAAUUUCAGCAAAGUGCUCAUGGUCCAAGAGCCAUUGUUGAUCAUUGGAUUUUUGUAUGCGCUAUUUUUGAUCGUGAUUGUAUGGACGCGUCUAGACUUCUCUAUCACCAAAGACAAUGCCGCCACACACCAUCACAAAGACUAAAUUUAACAAAACAAAACAAAACAAAACAAAAAAAUAAAUAAACCGUAAAAAGAUGCAGAUCAAAUAAAAGAAAAACAAACAUUCAGCGGGUAGAAAUCAACUGCAUUUAAAACCAAAUGAUUUCAAACGAAAUCAAUUUACUAAUUCAACCAAAAUGCGAUCCUUUUUUUUAGCUUUUAUAACGAAAUGAAUGAAAUGAAAGGCCCCGGACAUUUGUAGAGCAUUUAAACCAUUAAUUAAAAAACAAACAAAUAGAAAGAAAGAAGAGAGAGAGAGAGAGAGAGAGUGUCGACAUAAGAACAAAUAUUUUGUAACCGGAUUAAUUUUCGAUUGGUGAUUCGCACACGCACAUUACUCUGGUCUCAUAAAACAUUCAUUGAACUGUGUUAAGCGAAUGUUUUACGUAAUGUAAAUCUAGUAAUAUUCCUCUUAUUUUUCUUUGCUGUUGUUUGAUCACACUGCAAACAAGUCCAAACAUUGUCUCUUCUUUUGUUUCUUUAUUCACACCGAGAAUUUGCGCGAAAUUAAAUUCAUUACCAAGAUAAGAAAUUAAAAUCACACAUUGAGCCACUCGUUUGCAUUCCAGUGGCUUUGUUUAACUAUAUUUUCAUUUAAGUAGAUGAAGAGAGAGAAAAACAAAUAAAUGAUUAAUAAAAUCUA